GCGGGCACCCUCCCAGGCGGAAGCGGAAGUGUCGGCGGCCGGCGAGUAGGAAGUGGUGAUUCCUGAAGAGGAGAUGGCUGCUCUUGCUACACUCCCCCCGCUGCCCCCACAGUUUAAGAGCAUACAGCAUCAUCUGAGGACGGCUCAGGAGCAUGACAAGCGAGACCCUGUGGUGGCAUAUUACUGUCGAUUGUAUGCGAUGCAAACUGGAAUGAAGAUUGAUAGUAAAACUCCUGAAUGUCGUAAAUUUCUAUCAAGGCUAAUGGAUCAGUUAGAAGCUCUUAAGAAACAGUUGGGUGAUAAUGAAGCUAUUACUCAAGAAAUAGUUGGUUCUGCACAUUUGGAGAAUUAUGCUUUGAAAAUGUUUUUGUAUGCAGAUAAUGAAGAUCGUGCUGGGAGAUUUCACAAAAACAUGAUCAAGUCCUUCUAUACUGCAAGUCUUUUAAUAGAUGUCAUAACAGUGUUUGGAGAACUCACUGAUGAAAAUGUGAAACACAGAAAGUAUGCAAGGUGGAAGGCAACAUACAUUCAUAAUUGUUUAAAGAAUGGAGAGACUCCUCAAGCAGGGCCUGUUGGGAUUGAAGAAGAUAAUGAUGUUGAGGAAAAUGAAGAUGCUGGAGCCACCUCUCUGCCCACUCAGCCACUUCAGCCGUCAUCUUCCACAUAUGACCCAAGCAACAUGCCAUCGAGCGGCUAUACUGGAAUCCAGAUUCCCCCCGGUGCCCACGCUCCAGCUAAUACCCCAGCAGAAGUGCCUCACAGCACAGGUGUAACAAGUAACACUAUCCAGCCUACUCCACAGACUAUUCCGGCCAUUGAUCCUGCACUCUUCAGUACAGUUUCCCAGGGAGAUAUCCGACUAACACCAGAGGACUUUGCUAGGGCUCAGAAGUACUGCAAGUACGCUGGCAGCGCUUUGCAGUAUGAAGACGUCAGCACUGCAGUGCAGAAUCUGCAGAAGGCCCUCAAGUUACUGACUACAGGCAGAGAAUGAAGCCUUUGUACAACAUCCAUGCAUUUUUGGCUUAAAGAACUAACAGUCCACUACUCUAUCUUCAGCCUAUCAGGAGCACAGUUUUAAGGAAGACUUCAGUUCCAUUGACUUUAACAAUGAAAUCUGUGUCUGUGUAUCAGAUUCCUAUUGAAGUAUUCAUCAGCAGCCUCAACCAGUUUUCAUUGUCCAUUUAGUGGAUCCAGUAGUCUCUGAGUGUAUAGCUCUCUAAUGUGAGCAAGGUCCUAUAAAUGCCCACUGAACCCUGCUUGUUCAAAACAUGAAAACACUUCUAUAAAAUGUAUUGGGAAUUAGCUUUGUAUCUUAAUCUAAAUAAAUGAAGGAAUCUUAUAAUCUAUAAUUUGAACAAACCGACCAUAAUCACUUUGCUAUAAAAUUCUGAACUUAACUUUUAAUAAAGACUGCCAGAAUAUUCUAGAUUAGAGAUCAUAUUUCUGUUUUCCUCAGGAUUAAUUAAACAGAUAUGGAUGUUCUAAACUGUUAGAUGAAUCUGAAAAAGAUUAUAUUCAAAUUUCAAUUUAUACUCAAAUGGAGCUACGCUAAAAAGUAAAAUGUUCAUGAAAGGAAAAAAUAAUGAAGUAAAGAGGUAGCAUCAGUUCUAGACGUAAGAAUAAUGUUGGUUGCUCAACUGUUUUCCCUUACCCAUUGACAUUUAAGGUGAAUUGGUAUUUGCUUCCUAGGCAGUUUGACUGCAUGUAUUAGAGAAUGAAAACAAGAUGUUUGUAGUAAUGCCUGGAAACUUGGUGCUUUUGAGUUAAGGUUCUCUGCUGCUAUGGAAUGGAUUCCAUAGAGUAUAACUAUGAAUGAUGCAGAUUAUAAGAACAUGAUUCUCAGUUGUUGAGUUUAUAAGUUUUUUGUGGGGAAUUAUGAACUUACUGUGUCACCUGCGUUUGUGCUAUGUAAAAAAUAAAUACAAGGUUUCUUUUAACUAGUUUGACUUAUUGCAGAGCCACAUAUCAUUUUUGCAUGCUGAAAUUGUCACUUUUUUUAAAGUCAGACCAUUUUUAAAAUGAGAGAAAUUUGGCAGAUUUACCUGGAAUUUAUCUGAUGUAUUUCAUUCAUUACACUAAUAUUUGGAAUCUUUUAACAUAGGGGUCAGCAAACUGUGGUCUGUGGGCUGGCCACUUGUAUAAAUAAAGUUUUAUUGAAACGGAA